AUAUCCGUUCUAUUCCGUAGCUCGUCUGUGAUUAUGUACCUGUAAAUAGAUAUAUUACUUUGAAAUCCACCGCUUUAAAAUUGUCUGAUUUUUUCCACAAUCGGUACUUUAGGACGUACGGCAUUAUCUUGUCAUAUCAUGUCUUGCAUAUCUAACUACAUAUCUAUCUCUUAAUUUAUCCGUGGCCGUAGUUCGUUCAUGGUUUUAUGGCUAUACACUAUAUGACUAGUGUUCAUACGCGCCUACAUGCGCGUACGAAUAGUACAGUGGAUGUUCGUUCCCUGAAUAAUUUAUUCGUUAACAAGUAUUUUAAUUUAUUGACAUAAAAAUUCGGAUAAAAAUGGAUAAUGAUAAAAGUACUAUGCUGGCAGUUCUGCAGCUACUUAGAAAAUAUAAUUUGAAGGGAACAGAGGAAUUAUUUAAAAAAGAAGCAAAUCUGAUAGACAUUUCUCCGGACGAAGCUCAACAAACUGAUUCUGAAGUGAACAGUGUUCUUUCUGCCUACAAAAGCGAGGGAGAUCCUGCUUUAUAUGAGAAAGCAUAUAGCGAACUAAAAAAAUUUGUAGAAGGAUCUUUAGAUAUAUAUAAGCAUGAAUUAGGCACAAUUCUAUAUCCAGUUUUGGUACAUAUGUAUCUCGAAUUGGUUUACAAUAAUCAUUCUGAAGAAGCAAAGCAAUUACUGGAAAGAUUUGGUGGAAAUUUAGAGGAAUAUUAUCAAAAUGACUUAAAAAGAUUGUCCAAUGUCACAAAACGUGAACAAAUGGCUGGAAAUGAAUUAACCGACACUUUCAAAUCUAAUCAGUUCAUAAUCAGAAUGUCGAGGGAUACACUCUCUAUAUUAAAAAGACAUUUGCAAGAGAAGAAGCACUGCGUGUUGUUAAAUAUUAUACAAGAGCAUCUUUAUUUUGAUAUGUACGAAGGAGUAGCUAGGAAUAAACAGCAAAUUGAUGCCACAUCAGGUGCAAUGGUUGGUGAAGCAACAAGACAAGACAAUAAGGCGAAAGUAUAUUAUGGACUUUUGAAGGAGCCAGACAUUCAAUGUAUGCCACCAACCGAAGAAGAAGAGGAUGAUACGGGUGGUGUUGAUGGGGAUAAACCAAAGAAGAAGAAAGCUAAAAAGGAUCCAUUAUUUUCUAAGAAAACUAAAUCGGACCCAAAUGCACCUCCUGUUGGUAGAAUGCCUUUGCCCAACUUGAAAGACGCGGAUAAAUUGGAAAAAGGAAAAGCGUUGAGGGAAGCAUCGAAACGCGUUGUACUUGGUCCUGAUACUUUGCCAUCUAUAUGCUUUUACACGCUAUUGAAUGCAGUAAACAGUGUGACAGCAGCUGAAGUAGCAGAAGAUUCGAGUUUGCUGGCCAUCGGAUUUGGUGACUCUUGUAUAAAGGUCUGGAGUCUGGUUCCACAAAAAUUAAGACUGAUGAAGACAGGGGAACAAUUACAGGACAUAGAUAGAGAAGCAGACGACGUACUAGUAAGAAUGAUGGACGAUCGUACAGCAGAAACAUCGAGAUCGUUAUUCGGGCAUAAUGGUCCUGUAUACAGUCUAUCAUUUAGUCCAGACAGAAAUCUCCUUCUUUCGUCAUCAGAAGACAGUACAGUGAGGCUGUGGUCUCUGCAUACAUGGACGUGUGUAGUAUGCUACAAAGGACACUUAUUCCCAGUGUGGUGCGUAAGAUUUUCGCCUCAUGGUUAUUAUUUCGCAACUUCCUCUCACGACAAAACCGCCAGACUCUGGGCAACUGAUUCUCAUCAACCACUUCGAAUAUUUGCCGGUCACUACUCAGACAUAGAUGUAGUGCAGUUCCAUCCAAAUUCAAACUACGUAGCAACCGGUUCCAGCGACAUGACAGUAAGAUUAUGGGACUGCGUAAACGGCAGCCAAGUCAGGUUAAUGACAGGACACAAAGCUCCGAUUUACUCCCUUGCUUUUUCCGCAGAAGGGCGAUUUCUGGCUUCAGCCGGUGCUGAUCACCGUGUUUUAGUUUGGGAUUUAGCACAUGGUCAUCUUGUCGCUGCCUUAUCGAGUCAUUCUGGUACUAUUCAUUGCUUAUCAUUCAGUAGAGAUGGGAAUAUACUAGUCUCAGGAUCGUUAGAUUGUACGAUCAAAUUGUGGGAUUUUACGAAACUCGCCGAAGAAAUGAGUUUGGAGGAUGUGAAUGUUUCACAUAAUCCGGAUGUAAAAACGAAUACGGAAUCAUAUCUCCUUCGAACGUUCGCGACAAAAAACACUCCUGUACUAGCACUACAUUUUUCGCGAAGAAAUUUACUCUUAAGCGUCGGAAUGUUCGAGUCAACUUAGCAAACAUAACUGUCUUUCAACAAAUUUUAUCAUUACUGAUGGAAUAUGGUUUGACAUCGGAUCAACAUUGUUGUAAAUUACAAAUGUUUAUUAAUAAAUUUUUUCAUAUUGACCAUGCAACGUACCUGAAUUAUACCUAAUAAUAAUGUAUUGAAUUAAGGUCCUAGAGACUAUAUUUAUAUAUAAUCAGGAUAUUUAACUAUUGUACAGUUCAAAAUAUAAACAACCAAAAUAUUCUAAUACUUUAUGUCUUUUUUUCUUUCAAAUAAAUUAGUUUCGUUCGUUGUUACGUCGCGUGAAAUGGUCAGGAGAGUCAACUACUUCUUCUACGACAUCAGCAGGGUCAACUCUACUUCUUCUCCUUGCGCUCUAGUUUAUAUCUAGUCUACAUCAACAGAACAGUCAAGUAACAGUCAAAUCUCAUCAGCGAGUCUAUCAACUCGAGCCAGAGGGCAGUGCAAGGAACAGCAAGAAUCUACAAGUCGAAAACAGUCAAUCAACAUAAGAUAUCUCAUCAUCGUCGUCAACACGAAAGGAGUCUCAGUUCGUACUCAUUCGGAGUUGUUAUUUCAAAUUAUUGUUAUUUCAACACUGAAGUUAUUGGAUCAUUCAAAUAUAUAGUAACCUGUUAAUAGCAGCGUUAUAUUAUUCAACUCAACCACCCGUAUUAUCCCACAAGAAAUAGGGGAUCGAACGAUUCAUAGCGUCGAUUAGUCAAAUCGUAACGGGAAUUUACGACUCCCGUUGGCAUGCUUCUUCGAGAUCGCGUCUCCCCGCGAACGUCCGAAAGUUCAUUCGUACUACGAUUAUUUUAUAUAUUCGAUUAAAAUGAAAAGCAAAUAAGAUAGAAAAAUGGAUUAAUUUGUUAUGAAUUGCUUAGCGUUAAUGAAUAAAGCGAAGACUAUAUUGUUUGUCUGAAAUCAACGGAACUCUAAAGACAAAGCAGAUUUGCGAAAUACAACGGAUCAGAUUGAUGAACCUGAAUUACGAGUAGAAUAUGGAUGGAGCGAGAAUGGACGUCUCUCGGUGACCACUGGAUUCCACGCAUCCAUAUUCUAUUUGAAUGAUUAAAUGGCGGACUUGGAAUAUUUAUCGUCCUUUGGAAUUCUAUCGUUGCUUCCUGUUGUAUUUUCAUGAGCUUCUAGCAUAUUGUUCACCGAAGGAACAGUGUCAUACUUAGAAUUUAACACAUACAUAUUCUUUACUCGAAUAACGCGCACUUUAUCGAAAUUUCAAGCAUGCUACCUGAAUAACAAGCAUCGACUGAUGGUAAGUAUGACGCAUGUGAAAAGUUUACAGACUGAUUCAUGAGGUCUUUUGCUAAGAUGAGGGCACUUCACUUGAAACUCUAAUUCUAAGAUCUUAAGAAAUGAAAGAGUCUAUAAGAACGAAAAGACCUCGAGAUUUUGGAGUAAGAUAGAACUGCAGAAAGAAUCUGCAUCCAUGAUCUCAGAGGGUACUUUGAAAAAAAACAACUCAAAUAGGUAAAUUAUUGCCGAGGUACGUUCCACUGACCGACAAAUGAAUAUUUCAUUUAGACAGCGAUAUUUAUAGCUGACCGGAAUCGGUUUUCAAAAGCACGUCCUUUUAAAAACCGCUUGAAUAUUAGAACAGAACAAAUAAAACUGACGAGGAUAUAUGUAAGUGGAUACGCUCGUUACUUCGAAGGUCGGCCGAGAGAGGGAUUUAAAUAAUAAAAUCGGCGCUUUUUGAAGAAAACAUUUCAUUCCACAGAAGUCUUUUCAUGAAAAAGUCGUAUUUCUUUUCUAAGGUACGUCGUAACUUUUAUUUACUGAAACGAUGAGUAUCACGUUUUAUAUAUCAACAGGAAAUGCGAUUGGAUUGACAGGAGAAGAGAAACGGACAGUAUUUUAAUUGUACAGUUGAAAAGGUAGAAUGCAAUUCAGACCAAGUUUACGCGAGAAAUUUAUUUCCGAUUGUUGAUACGCUUACUUCUAUCACAGCAUACAGACGUAAGUUAUACGCGCUUUUACCAUACGUGUGUGUAUGUGGUAUGUAUGUAAGUAAUGUAUUCCCUCUCGUACGUGUGGCGGUGUGUGCGUACGUGAAACGAUGGCUUUUUUAAUUAGUUAACACUUUCGUAAUAGAGUUACAAUGUAUGCGUUGUCAAUUUUAUGUUGCCCACUUCUCUCGCCUUCGCACUCGUUUAAACGAUAAUCAACUAUACACCAAUCUCUACGUCCCAGUCAAGCCUCGCGCAUUGAUAUCAAACCUAGGUUACAUGUGUGAUUUUUAACUAUAUGUUAUACCAUCUUUGUUAACGUACUUAUGAAAUCUGGAUAGGUUAGGAUCGCGGUUAACGCGGGAGCAUAGAGUAUCGACAACCGGAUUUUCUGUACGCCCGCCGGGAUUUUCCAUUGAUCACGAACUAAAUCCUAAAAUGGCAGUUAUAGAAGACGUCGCUACGCUCUCGCGUUAGUAGUCGUGAUGGCUGCAUGUUUCUUACAAAAAACGAUGGAGUUUAUUGACGGAUCGACGCAGAUGACAUCGAUUUGAUAAUAAGAUGGAUCCAGAGGGUCGAUGAUAACGCGUUUGGUUGAUCUUGGUCGUAUAAUUCCUUAGAAUAAAUUGCAUAUGAAUAUCGUCGUUCAGACACGACAAUUUAUAAAAUUAUAGAAUAAAACCGGUUUUAAAAGUGAGAAAUAUCGGUCGAAAUAAUCUUUCAUUGAUUUAUUUUUUUCUUUUCUCUUUUUUUUCGGACUUUUCCUUUUGUAUAUGUUUCUCGUAAAGUAUAAAAUCAAGGUUCUUUCAUUUCUUUCUUAACCUUUUAAAUGCCAUAAGCGCGUGGUGCCGCCUAUACAAAGAGCUUGUGUAUUCGCGCUCUAGUUUGAACUUUCUUAUUAUUGAGAUUUUUUAAUCGCGGCCUAGUGAGUAUCUCCGAUAUAAUAUUAUACGGCAUCUAAAGGGUUAAUUUUUUUUUUUUCGAUAAAUCACAGUAGUUUCGUUUCCUUUUUUUCUCCCGAUGUUCACAUGCGAUUUAUAUCGAAGUCGUUCAAAGGGAUUUUAUAUUGGCCGCUAUUUUGUCAGUUCCCUCUUUUUCCCGCCAAUUCUGUUCUGCGUCGUUUCUCGUCGUGGACGUUUGUAACACUCGUUUCCCGGCAACCGACCGUAAUAAAAAUUUUCUCUUUCUCUCUCUCUCUCUCUCUCUCUCUCUUUCUUUCUUUCUCUCUUUCGCUCGCUCGCUCGCUCGCUCGCUCUCAAUGCAAAUUACAGAA